GGGGGAUCCCGUCGCUGGUCCUGAUCCCGAUCCUUUUCCAUGGCCCCGUCCAUGCCCGGAGCCCCCAGCCCUGCUCCUGUCCUCGUCCUUAUCCCCUGUCCCAGCUCCCGGCACGGCCCUCCGUCCCCAUUGGCCGCCCGAGGGGCGUGUUGGGGGCGGGCGCUGGCGGCGGGCGCUGUCCCGGGACGGAGAGCGGAGCGUUCCUGUCCGGCUGUGGGUGCUGGGGAGAGAGAGCUUGCCCCACCCCGUGAGCAGAGCCAUGCUGAGGGCCGGGGAUGCCGUCCUGCGGCUGCGGCCGCGCCGCUGUGCGCUCCUGGCCUGGCGCGCCCUGCACAGGCAGCCGCUGCACCCCGAGUGGGCUGCCCUGGCUCAGAAGCAGCUGAAAGGCAAGAACCCAAAGGAUUUAAUUUGGCACACCCCAGAAGGGAUCGACAUCAAGCCUUUAUACUCCAAAAGGGACACGGAGGACUUCCCUGAGGAGCUGCCAGGGAUGAAGCCUUUCACUCGAGGGCCCUACCCCACCAUGUACACGUACAGGCCGUGGACCAUCCGCCAGUAUGCGGGGUUCAGUACAGUGGAGGAGAGCAACAAGUUCUACAAGGACAACAUCAAAGCUGGCCAGCAGGGAUUAUCAGUUGCUUUUGAUUUAGCCACCCACCGUGGUUAUGAUUCAGACAAUCCUCGAGUUCGAGGAGACGUUGGAAUGGCUGGAGUUGCCAUCGACACAGUGGAAGACACCAAAAUCCUUUUUGAUGGAAUUCCUUUGGAGAAAAUGUCAGUUUCCAUGACAAUGAACGGGGCAGUCAUUCCUGUGCUGGCUACAUUCAUUGUGACUGGGGAAGAGCAGGGGGUGCCUCAGGCCAAGCUGACAGGGACAAUCCAAAAUGACAUCCUGAAGGAGUUCAUGGUCAGAAAUACCUACAUUUUCCCCCCAGAACCAUCCAUGCGGAUCAUUGCUGACAUCUUCCAGUACACCUCAAAGUAUAUGCCAAAAUUUAAUUCCAUUUCCAUCAGUGGGUACCACAUGCAAGAGGCAGGAGCUGACACCAUCCUGGAAUUAGCUUAUACCAUAGCAGAUGGCUUGGAGUACUGCAGAACUGGGCUUAAAGCUGGCCUCACUAUUGAUGAAUUUGCACCUAGGCUCUCUUUCUUCUGGGGAAUUGGAAUGAACUUCUAUAUGGAAAUAGCAAAGCUGAGAGCUGGGAGGCGGCUGUGGGCUCACUUGAUUGAGAAAAUGUUUAAGCCCAAGGAUUCCAAAUCUCUUCUGCUGAGAGCUCAUUGUCAGACUUCAGGCUGGUCACUCACUGAGCAGGAUCCCUUCAACAACGUCAUCCGCACCACCAUCGAAGCCAUGGCCGCGGUGUUCGGGGGGACGCAGUCUCUGCACACCAACUCCUAUGAUGAAGCCUUGGGGCUGCCCACAGUGAAGAGUGCUCGCAUUGCCCGCAACACACAGAUCAUAAUCCAGGAGGAAUCGGGGAUUCCCAAAGUGGCAGAUCCCUGGGGAGGAUCUUACCUCAUGGAGUGCCUCACCAAUGAUGUCUAUGAAGCUGCUUUAAAGCUGAUUGAGGAGAUAGAAGAAAUGGGUGGAAUGGCCAAAGCUGUUGCUGAGGGGAUCCCCAAACUUCGUAUUGAAGAGUGUGCAGCCCGGAGACAAGCCAGGAUUGACUCUGGGUCUGAAGUAAUUGUUGGAGUGAACAAGCACCAGCUAGAAAAAGAGGAGGCAGUGGAAGUUCUGGCCAUUGAUAAUUCUGUAGUCCGUGCCAAGCAGAUCGAGAAAAUCAACAAGGUGAAAGCCAGCAGAGACCAAGCAGCAGCCCAGCAGUCCCUGGCUGCUCUCACACAAUGUGCUGCCACUGGGGAAGGCAACUUACUUGCUCUGGCAGUGGAAGCAGCACGUGCCAGGUGCACUGUGGGGGAGAUUACCGAUGCCAUGAAGAAGGUGUUCGGGGAGCACAAAGCCAGCGACCGCAUGGUGAGCGGGGCUUAUCGCCAGGAGUUUGGGGAGAGUGAUGAAAUCCUUCAUGCCAUCAAGAGGCUCCAGUCUUUGGGUAUUACUCAUACCCUGAUGGAGAAGGCAUCCCAAGAUGUUGGUAUGUGUGAAAACAGUGGUAUGCCUUUUGGGUCUUUUCCCAGCUUCUGCCUUUACUGCUGCCCUCAGGGGUACAGAGCCUGAAUUGCUGCUGUGGGAGAUGAUGCAGCACAAAUCAGUCCCUGCCAUGUUGGGGGUUUACCCAUUUAAGAGUUCAGGCUCUCCUGAAAGGGAAUUACUGAUGGCUUUGCAGUGGUGAUGAUUAGACUGACUUGAAAGUAGUUGUGCUAGGAAAUGUCACCAUUGUUCUUUUAUUUUAACUAUUUAAAUUAAACUAUUUUUAGUUAUGCUUUUAUGUGAAAGAGAACUGAACUAAGCCCUUGAAAAUCAAGAUGUAGCUCCCCUUCUUACAUAGAAUCACAGAAUCAUAUAGGUUGGAAAAGACUUUUAAGAUCAGUGAGUCCAGCCUGUAACCACAGACAGAUCCUGGUGGUACUUGAAUAAUGAGCAGGUUAAUAUCUGAGGCUGUGAUUACACAGCAGCAUCAAUACAACAGAAAUAUGAGCUGCCAGUAUCCAAAAAAAGAGGGCAGUGGAACGAGUGCACAGAACAGGAGAUACAAUAAUCCUUCCAUGGACAGAUUUUUAUCCAGUGGAAUGAUAAUGCAUAAUGUGAUGUCCAGGACCCAUCUCUGUGCAAGUACUUUUGAAAUAAUAGGUCGUAACUAUUUUUAAAAACUAAAAAAUGUGUUUUAGUGAGUUGUAAUUCAUCUUGUUAAACCCUCAGAGAAUUCAGUAUUUUACCUGUUAGAAAGCAAAAGAAUUAGGGAAGAUUUUUUUAAAUAAGGAAUGUUUUAUUUUUGAGGCUGCUAAGUACAAGAAGUGAGUUAAUAAUGACAUAACAUUAUUAUGUGUUAAAAACCAUGACUUAGAAGAUCUUUUUAUUUGAUGAAAUUACGCUACGCUUUCAGCAAAUCCUUUUUUUUUAUGUGUGGAAAUACUUCCAACGAU